AGAACAUUAGCUAGUAAUCCAAGUCUUUAAAAUAAUUUGAAUUAACACAAACAAGUGCUGAUCCCCAAGGUUAAGGUGGCUCCUUAGAAGAGCCAGUCGUCAGGUUUUAUUGGGCCUCAUUGCUAGCCUCCUCUCCUUGGCCAAUGUCUACAGUUUGAGACCAGUCCUUCCCACCUGCUUUGUCCUGGUUGUUGACCCAAGGAAAAUAGGAGGGGAACCACCAUGACGACUAAAGCGGGGGACAAUCCAGACAGCCUGAUGGCUCUAUGUAUAGAUUUCUGCCUUAGGAACCUGAGGCAGACUAUGUGCUGCAUAGGAGACAGGAACAAACUGUGCUUGCGCCCAGAUGUGUUCCUGCCAAGUGAGAUCUGUGACAAGCUGGUGAAUGCGUACAUGGAGCUGAUGCACACAGACAGCAAUUUUGAGCCACAGGACAGUUUCUUCCAGCUGUUUUCAGACCCCCGCAGCACCAGGCUAACACGAGUCCAGCUGAGGGAAGACUUUGUGCGGGACAGAGACCUCGAGGCGAUUGGGAAACAGGACCUGAUCGAACUCCACCUGACCUACUGCAGCCACCUGACAGCGCGAAGCCUGAAAACCUUGUCUAGUUUCAAGCAGACUUUGGUCUCCCUCAGCCUAUUCGGCUGCAAUAACAUCUUCUUCCGGAAGGGCAAUGCCCCAUUGGCUUACGGUGAGGAUGAUGAGGACGAUGACGAAGAUGAUCAUCCACACAGGCACGCAGUAGACUCUGACUUCACCUUCCAGGGCUUCAACCGGCUGCGGUUGCUUAACCUGGGUGGUCUGCCCAUGGGGGUGGACGCAGAGACGCUGCUGAAGCCCCUGCCAUCUCUCAUGUCUCUGGACCUCUCUGCGGUCCAUCUACCCCGAACUACGUUCCUAUUGCAGUGGAAGGACCGUCUGGCUUCACUGGUGCUGUACAAUGUUGAUCUGUCAGAGGAAGUGAUCAACACUGUGGUGCAGCUGAGUCGUUUGAGGCACCUGGAUAUUUCCCGGGAGAGUCAACGCUCGUCCAAGUUUAAGAUGACCAGGAAAACCCUGACUGCUAUUGUUCAGGGACUGGUCAACCUUGUAUCUCUGGACAUCUCAGGCCAUAUUAUGCUGGACAAUUGCACAGUUCCGCACUUUGAGGAAGCUAUGGGACGCCCAAGCAUCGAGCCCUGCAAAAGCAGUAUCUACCCCUUUCAGGAAUUAAAGAGGCCACUGCAGUUUUUAGGCUUGUACAACACCACGCUCUGUAAUGUAACACACAUCCCAGCAUACAAGGUGACUGGAUCCAAGAACGAGGAACAGGUUCUGAAUGCUAUCGAGGCGUACACAGAGUUCCGGCCCGAGCUGGCCCAUCGAGCCAUCAACCAGCUCUUUGAUAUCGCACGGAUACAGCACUGCAGUCAGUUACUCAGAGCUCUGCAGCUGGUCAUAGCUGCACUGAAGUGCCAUAAGUAUGACAAGAGCAUCCAGGUGACGGGGAGCGCAGCUCUGUUCUACCUGACUAACACAGAGUACCGCAGUGGCCAGAGCAUCCGACUGCGCAGACAGGUCAUCCAGGUGGUGCUGAAUGGCAUGGAGCAGUAUCAGGAAGUCACGGUACAGAGAAACUGCUGUCUGACGUUAUGUAACUUCAGCAUUCCAGAGGAGCUGGAGUUCCAGUACCUCAGAGUCAAUCAGCUGCUGCUGAAGAUUCUGGAGCCUCCGCGACAGGAUGAGUCUAUCCAGCGCAUUGCUGUGCACCUCUGCAAUGCCCUUGUCUGUCAGGUCGACAACGACCAUAAAGAGGCUGUUGGCAAGAUGGGCUUUGUUAAGACUAUGUUGAACCUAAUACAGAAAAAACUACAGGAUAGAACGUGUGACCAGGUUAUGGAGUUCUCUUGGAGUGCCCUGUGGAACAUCACUGAUGAGACUCCAGACAACUGUCAGAUGUUCCUCGAUUGCAACGGCAUGGACUUAUUCCUGGAGUGCUUACAUAAGUUUCCAGAUAAGCAGGAGCUGCACCGGAACAUGCUGGGGCUGCUGGGUAAUGUGGCGGAAGUGAAAGCACUAAGACCACAGCUGCUGACACGGCAGUUUAUCACUGUGUUCAGUAACCUGUUGGAGAGCAAAGCGGACGGGAUCGAGGUUUCUUAUAAUGCCUGUGGAGUUCUGUCCCAUAUUAUGUUCGACGGCCCGGAGGCCUGGGUCGUGGAGGAGCCACAGAGGGAGGUGGUCAUGGACAAGAUGUGGGAUGCCAUCCAGAGCUGGGACGUCAGCUCUCGCAGGAACAUAAACUACAGAUCGUUUGAGCCCAUUCUUCGUCUGCUCCCCCAGAGCAUCGCCCCAGUCAGUCAACACUGGGCCACCUGGGCCCUUUACAACCUGGUGUCUGUUUACUCAACUAAAUACUGCCCUUUACUGAUCAAAGAGGGGGGAAUCGCUCUCUUGGAGAAAGUUCUAGACCUGGAAUCUUCACAACCAGAGACCAAGGACAUGGCACGGAAAGUGAUAGAGCAUUGUGAGAACUUCAAAGAGGACCCUAUGGACACCUCCAGGUAAACAAUGGACUAAACAAUCAGCACUGCGGGAGUCUCAGCAUCCAGUGAGUGGACAGCAGAUUAUCAUAGGAUCAUCUUCAGUAUCUUCUCACGACAAGAGUUUAUUGUGUGCAUCAGUUUACUGUAGAGCCGAGGAGCUACUCUUUUCCUUUCACCCGACGGCCGGCUUUUUUGGGACAAAGUCGAGCUGUCCAACACUAUCAGUGGUCAAGAUCUAUCAGGCAG